CAGGCAAUUAUCUUUUUGGUGGGCCGUCUCAUCUGUUGACAUUCCAUCUGUCCUCAUUAUGAAUCCUACCCCGAAAGCCAACCUCUUCGAACUCAAUCCCAAUAUCAAGAGGCUUUUAACCAUUGAUACUUUCAAGGGAAAUGUGUCGACGACCGAAUUUGUAGAGCAAAUUUCGAGUAAUGUCAUUCAGCAAAUGAAGGACUACAGCGGACAAGCUGCGUUUGAUCCCAAACCCUUUAUCCGUACCUUUGAAAAUGUGCUUGACGAACUAAAACAACUGCGCACCAGAGUUCAGCAACAAUGCGAUGAAUUGGAAGCUAAUACACAAAAGGCCGACCUUCAAUACAAGAAAAAUAUCACGGAACUACAAGACUCAUUUGAAGACGUCUAUCGAUCGUAUGACGCAUUGGAAAACCGUCUUGGUGAUGUGGGAAAGACGGCAAUUCGAAUUGGUGAACAAUUGGAAACUAUUGAUAACCAGCGAUCCAGGGCUUCCGAAAGUCGUGAUAUUAUUGAGUAUUUUAUGGAAUUUCAAGACGGCAGUUCAGAGCGAUUGGACAUGUUACGAUACCAGAGUGGGGAUGAAGGGCAAUUCAAGGCUGCUAUUAUUGGCCGACGGUUGAAUGCUGUAGCCAAGGAAAUGGAUACCAAUAUGCGUGCGCGAGUGGCUAUUGAAAAGUUUUGCGAAAGUUUUGAAAAGGAGAUGCUCGAGGAAUUUGAUAAAGCUUACAAGGAGGGCGAUCCACGCGUGAUGGCGCACUGUGCCAAAGUACUAUUCGAAUUUAACGGUGGAGCCUCAUGUGUCAAGAUGUACGUGAAUCAGCACGAAUUCUUCAUGUCGAAUCUGAAAAUCGAAGAAAUGGAUCACAUAAGGCAGUCGGAAGAUCAUUCCGAUCUCUCCGAUCCCAAUAUGGCUCCACCCGAAGUGGAUACAAGUCUUGUAAAGUUAUAUGAUGAUAUCCGCAUUACCGCGAGAAGAGAAGCCGAGAUCAUUUCCGAUGUUUUUCCACAACCGGCCAUGGUGAUGCAAGUAUUUUUGCAAAGAACAUUUGCUCAAUCGAUUCAAAAUCACAUCGAGCUCCUAUUAUCACGAGCUGAACGAUAUUCCCAUUUGGCAUAUUUGAGAACAUUGGCUUCCACUCACGCCGAGACCAAACGAUUGGUGGAAAAUCUGAAAUUCUACUAUGACAAGGAAAUGAAGCUAACCAACACAAAGGAGAUUAAAGGAUUGGUUAUUACCGCGUCCCCGGAUGAGGUGUUGGAUCGGUGCAUGGAAGAUUUAUUCGUUCCCUACACCGAAGGCGAUCGGUACCUGAACAGGGAAAAGAUCUCUCUCAAUGAACUGUUUGGUAGUAUUGUCGCCGAAUUCUUAAGCUACAUGCAACAACGGAAAAAGACAUCCAUGAAAAACCAGUCCGUGUUGACGCGCACACUGAAUCAAAUUUCGGCUUCCUCGUCGUCUGGCAUGCUUUCUGCUUCUUCCUCGUUGCAAAAUGUCAAUGAAGCGGGUAAAAUGUCCCCUGCGAGUACAAACCCGUUCCAUACGGAUUCUCCCCAUCAUGAGACGGCUGUGGCACCGCGAGUCAACCUUGUCAGAGUAGACGAAGGUGGCUUCUGUUUGUUAUCGAAAGAUGCCUUGAUGCGCCUUUUUACCAUCCACGUGGAAGCCAUCUUGCGUUGUGUGGAAUUGACCGAAACCCAGGAACUACCUGCCUCGAUUCAGGUCCUGUUUGCUCUGUUGAUGGAUUUCAUUGGUACCAAGUAUUUGGACAUUGUCUUGGACGAUGUAUUGGAAGAACUGAGUAGCAGAAGCGAGCCUGAAAUGAUAUGCUUUCCAGUCAUCAAAGCGUCCAUUGAAAUCAUGCAGCUCGUUCAAGAACAUUUCCGCACCGCCAUCAUUCCAUUAAUCAUCAACGCACCGUCCUAUCAUCGUGAUAUUCUCAACCAAAAGAAUGCUCUUUUAUCCGCAUUAGAGGACAAAAUCAAUGGGGUAUUGCAAAAGAGCAUCACAAGUAUAUCGGAUUGGUUAAAUGAAUUACUGGCGAAACAAAAGAAGAAUGAUUUUAGACCAAGAGAUGAAGAAGUCGUGAUGAUGAGUGCCGGCACCACGCCAUGUAUGUUGUGUGUUGAGUUUAUCACCAAAGUCUACCGAUCAGCGAGAGAAACGCUUCAGGGGAAAAAUCUGGAAAAUCUGUUGCUUAGGAUAGGCAAUAAUUUUUAUUCGAUGCUUCUAGAUCAUUUUAAGAAAUUCUAUGUGACACCAACGGGCGGACUGUUGAUGACAAAAGAUAUCGCCAAAUAUCAGGAAGUCAUUCGAAUGUUUAAUAUACCUGCUUUGAACGAUCGAUUUGAGAUGCUUCGACAGCUGGGCAAUAUCUUUUUGGUGAAACCCGAAAUUUUACGAUCGAUACUUUCAGAAGGAUACCUGGCGCGCUUGGGAUCGGAUGUACUGCUGCCCUACCUGGAAAAACGGGUCGACUUUAAGAGUGCCAAGCUUGAUCGCAUGCUGGGUAUUACCGUAGACAGCAGUGGUGCGGUGGGUUCACCGGCUCGCCCAGAAAAUGCAUCUGGAAGAAGUCAGCGUCGAUCUCUGUUUGUCAAUGACAACACCGUACUCAGAGAAAUGAUGAGCCAUUACAACAACAACAGGGAUUUCUUGUCCGCUUUUAAUUUGGCUUAAUAUGGAGAUUUCUGUAUUCAUCCUUUCUGUUUACCCACUUCUCCUUCUUUUAAUGGACCAAGAAAAAAAUUUAAAAUAAAAACAAAAAAAAAAGCAGAUGGAGGGUGUUUUGAGUAGGGCAUGGUGAUCGCCCUUUUGCCAAAAGUGAAGUUGAGUAGAAUUUUCUUUUUUUCU